AUGCUUAAAUCAGUAGUUGCAACUUCACUGUCCCUCAGUCUGGGGGUAUUUGGAUCUGCAAAUUCCUCCGAUAUUGACCCGAUUAACAACUUUUGCAAGAGACUGAGCCAUCAGUCGGUGAUUAAAAACGGCACUCUCUAUAUUGACGGUGGCUUUGAGGUAUUUGUUGGGGAGAAUAACAAUGGAUCGCCAAAAGGUGAUCAAGUCCUGGGUUACAAUGAGUACCUGAUCACAGUUGAUAUGACCUCGUCGUGGAACUGGAAGACAAACAUAUCGAUGAUUGCUAAGAAUAAGACGGAAAACCCGAAUACCGGCACCCUGCCACCAACUUUAGUUCGUGGUGCUUUAUACGCCGGCUCAGAAGAUGACCCCAAUGUCUACUUGUAUGGCGGCACUACAUCGUACGUAAACACGAGUUUCCCAGGCUUCCAAUGGCCAGACUCUUCGCAGUAUGCAUUGUGGUCAUACGGGACAUUGGACAAAUCUUGGGGGCAGUACGACCUGUCAGUCAGUGCUCCUUAUCGGCCGGCCGGAGGAGCGUAUGCGGACGCAACAGAUCAGGGUCUAGCGUUCUAUAUGAACGGGUUUAUAGACAAUGGAACAUCGAGUGGACUUGAGCAUGAAUAUAACCUCAUGAGAUAUUUAGAUGGCCUUAUUGUCAUCGACACCACCACUCAGCAAGUCAAGAAUUUGUCCACUUCAUCGCUGGAAAACACGCCCCGUGCCAAAAGCGGCCUUGUCUACCUCCCCAAUGUCGGCACCAAGGGAGCUUUGGUUUCUAUGGGUGGAGUUACAAAACCGACAAGUGACAGCAGUGGGUCGAAUGAAGGGACAUACGUCAGCUUUAGCAAAAUCGAUUUCCUUGACAUCGCAUCCACCAAAAACGGCAAGUCCGACGGCACAUGGUAUAGCCAGACAGCUACUGGAGAGAUCCCGGAUCCAAGAACCGAUUUCUGCAUAGUUGCAGCCUCGGCACCAGACAACUCCAGCCACAAUAUCUAUCUUUAUGGUGGCAGGGGAGCCAACGACCUCUAUGACCAGAUCUAUGUUCUAUCUAUUCCCUCUUUCACAUGGAUGAAAGUGGCCGAGGGUAAAUCCCCUCGCUACGGACAUACAUGCCAUGUUGUUGGCCAGAAACAGAUGGUAACAGUAGGCGGAGAUGCAUCUUGGGACUUGGUCACCGGAUGUGAUUGGGAGCUAAAAGGUCUUGCUAUCAUGGACAUGAGCACCUUUGAAUGGGGUAGUGUGUACAACGCAUAUGCGGGCAAUUAUCAGGUUCCAUCACAGAUUUAUAGUGUGAUUGGCGGCAGCUCAACGGGAGGCGCCAACUCCACGCCUUCGGCUGGAUUCAGCACCAACCAGAUCGCAACUUUCUUCAAUCAGCCCGGGAGCAGCAGCAGCAAUACAACAACAUCUAGUGCGACAUCCGCCAAACAGAAGAGCGGCCAUAUAAGCGGCGGCGCGAUAGCCGGCGCGGUGAUUGGUUCUGUGGUCGGUGCAGCCCUAAUUAUCAUACUGGCUAUCUUCCUCUUCCGCAGACGUAAAAAUCAACACACCACCAAAGAACAAGAUAUGUCACCCGUUCUUGUUGAAGCCCCAUCCGAUGGCAAACCCGCAAGAUUUGGUGGAGCUCUUUUCCGCAAUCGUGGGCGCGCCGCGGAACUAGCAACCACCAGAAACUCAAGCAUUGUGCCGUCUUCUGCUACAUAUGUGCACUCUGAUUCCGAAACCGGGGUCUUACCUGUGUCGCCUGCCCGGAACCAUCAGGCACAGAGUCAUCAGCUCGCGAGUACGCCAUUGCAUGAGAUGGAGGGUGGGCAGUUGCCCUCGGAACUACCCGGAGAGUUUCAUCCUUUUGCAAAACGAUAA